AUGACAGAACCAUAUUUCGGUCCUGCAAUGACGGAACCGUAUUUCGGUCCUGCAAUGACGGAACCGUAUUUCGGUCCUGCAAUGACGGAACCGUAUUUCGAUCCUGCAAUGACGGAACCGUAUUUCGGUCCUGCAAUGACGGAACCGUAUUUCGGUCGUGCAAUGACGGAACCGUAUUUCGGUCGUGCAAUGACGGAACCGUAUUUCGGUUGUGCAAUGACGGAACCGUAUUUCGGCCCUGCAAUGACGGAACCGUAUUUCGGUCCUGCAAUGACGGAACCGUAUUUCGGUCCUGCAAUGACAGAACCGUAUUUUGGUCCUGCAAUGACAGAACCGUAUUUCGAUAUUGCUGUUGGAGCCCCCUAUGGUGGGAUUGAUGGGAAGGGUGCUGUAUAUAUUUAUCAUGGAUCGAUUAAUGGAAUCAUAACUGAACCAGCACAGGUGAUUAUGGCAUCUACUAUAAGUAGUGACUUGUAUACAUUUGGAUAUUCUAUAGCUGGAGGUUUGGAUAUGGAUAAUAAUUUCUAUCCAGAUGUUCUGGUUGGUGCUUAUGAUUCUUCUCAGGCUGUCCUGCUUCGGUCCAGACCUGUUGUAAACAUAAAUGCUGAAAUCAAUAUCCAUCCUCCGGAUGUUAUUGAUUUGGAGAAAAAGACGUGUGUUAAGUAUGAUGGUACCCCAGUGGCCUGCUUUACUUUAACUGUGUGCUUCAAAUUUUCUGGUGUCCAUGUGCCAUCAAGUAUAGCUGUUGAGUUUACAACAUCAUUGGACACGUAUUUGAAAUCUCAUCAAAAGAGAGCUUAUUUUCAAAAAACUGACACAACAGUAGAAAGUGGUGCCUUCACAGUUCAUGAAAGCAGCGACUGGUGUAGAGCUGGCUUCAUCUUGCUGAGGGAUGAUAUUACAGAUAAGUACUCGCCCAUUGCAAUAGAUGUCAACUACAGAUUGGUAGAAAACCAGAAUGUCCCUUCAGAAGAACUGUCACCUGUGUUGAAUAAUUAUAUUGAACCAAAAGUAGAAAAACUGAAUUCUAAAAUUCUCACGCUGGGUGGAAUACUGCAACAGACUCGAAAGAGUUUAGUGGCCGAGUGUUAUUCAUGGCUAUGUUUUACUACUAUGGUUGAUGUAUAUAUCCAGAAUGACUGUGGUGAUAACAGAAUAUGUGUUCCAGAUUUACUAUUAAUGUCACAGAUUGAUUCUGUCUACAUUGGUAGCACUGAAACUACCACACUGAGCGUUGUAGUAACGAAUGCUGGUGACGACGCGUUUGAAGCUUAUGUUGCUAUUCAGCUACCCGAAGGAUUUGACUAUGUGAGAGUGGAAAAGGGUCAGACAGAUUACACAAUAGCAUGCAUCGAUACCCCAGGCGUAUCCGGUUUAGUGAAAUGUGAUGUCGGCAAUCCACUCAAAAAAAAUGCUGUGGUUGAGUUUGCUUUAACUCUAUCAACACUUAAAUUGGAUGAUACAUUGAAGACGACAGAAAUUCAACUGUACGCAAAUUGUACCAAUCCUGAGGACCCGUCUACAUUAUAUGAUAAUGAGAAAACUGAGUACAUAUCAGUCAAAGUCAAAUCAGUUAUUUCAUUUACAGGAAAAUCUACAGAUGUGUCGUUACAAGGUGAUAUGCCAUGUAUUAUUGAUGGUAAACUCAACCCAGAAAAUCUACAGACCAAUGCAGACUUCACCAUAUCAAAUUACACUGAAAGUUCAAAAGUGAAACGGGGAAGUCGGUACAGGAGAGAUGAAAAAACAGUUUACAGAGUGGACUGCCAAUUUGCCCAGUGUGUCAAGAUAACAUGUUCAAUUGAUUUUGUACUCCAUGGUGGUGAUACAGCUCUGGUUGAAAUUAAAUCAAGGCUAUGGAAAGACACAGUAGCCAAAGUACCAGCCAAAUUUGAUGAGACAGAAAUAAAAUCAGAUGGACAUGUGCUAAUAACAAGUAUGCCUUACAGUAUUCCACCGGAAUCCUAUCCAGGGGCAGAUGACGAGAUUUCAAGUAUAGCAAUCCCUAUGAGUGCUAAAGCAGGUACUUUACCUGUACCAAUCUGGGUUAUCAUUGUCAGCAUUAUUGGAGGACUUCUCAUUCUGGCUCUCAUUAUUGUGGUGCUUUGGAAGGCUGGAUUCUUCAAGAGAAAGCGAGUUGGCGUAAAGUACAUGGAAGUGAGCCAGAAUACAACAAAUGAGAAUAUUACUAUGUCAGAUCCACCACCUGGCAAAAACUUCUAA